AUGACCAUCAUGGUGGACAGCCCCAAGGGAAAAGCUCCCGAACAAUUGACACCAAUUCUCGCCACUACCGAAACCCCACAGCCGACUAAUACUACAACAACGCCACCGCACGCCACAGACACCACAAAACCUCUUACACCAACAAUAUCCAACCCCAACCCGCCGAAAGCCACCACCAGCCAACAACAUGACGCUACAACACCUGAUGCCGCAGCGGACCCAUUCACCCUCAACAAUGACCACGCCUACACGCCGCGCAAGAAGCUGCGCGUCGUCACCAUCGGCGCCGGCUUUAGUGGGCUGCUGAUGGCGCACAAGUUCCAGCACCGCUUCCGUGAGAUGCGCGAGCUGGUUCAGCACACCAUCUUUGAGGCCCUGCCCGAAGUGGGCGGUACAUGGCUGGUGAACAACUAUCCCGGCGUUCAAUGCGACGUCCCCGCCCACAUCUACGCCUUCCCCUUUGACCCUAACCCAAAUUGGGAUCGGUUUUAUGCUUCUGGGGCAGAUAUACUCGCAUACAUCAAGGCCACCGUCAAAAAGUGGGGCCUCGACAAAGACCUGCACCUGAAUACCCGCGUCGUCGGUGCCAGGUGGCUCGAGGAUCAGGGACAGUGGCGUUUGACGGUGUCCCACGCCGGCGUCGAGCGAGACGAGUACUGUGAUGUCCUGGUAUCAGGCCAGGGUGUGCUGGUACACGAGAACUGGCCCAAGAUCCCCGGGUUGCACGGCGAGGGGGCCGUUUUUAAAGGUCACAUUACGCAUUCUGCCCGCUGGGAUCACGGUUACGACUACAGCAAUAAGCGCAUCGCCGUUAUCGGCAACGGGGCCAGCGGCAUCCAGAUCAUGCCGCAGAUGGCCAAGCUGCCCGGCACCACCGUCACAAACUUCAUCCGCGGCCCUAGUUGGGUUUACUACCGCGCUCCUCCUUCCAAACACCUGGGCCGGGAGAUGGAAGACUUGAACCCACAGUACACAGAGGAGGAGAAGGCUAGUUUCCAGGAUCCGGAAAAGCACCUCCGACACAGAAAGAACAUCAUCACAACGACCAAUAAGUCGUUCUAUGUUCUUAUCAAGGGCGAGAAUAACAAGGCUGCCAUGGAGGCCGCCGCUGCGCAGAUGGCGGAAAAGUUGAACCACGACAAGAGGUUGUGCGAAAUGUUGAUACCCAAGUAUGAGAUGGGCUGCAAACGCAUAACUCCAGGACCAGGAUACUUGGAAAGCUUUAGCAAAUCAAACGUGCACUUGACCAACAGUCCUGUGGCAAAGGUGACGGAGAACGCCAUAGUUACUGCCGAUGGUCAGGUCCACGAGGUGGAUGUCAUCAUCUGCGCAACUGGAUUUGACGUCUCCCACUGUCCGCGGUAUCCCAUUUUCGGCCUAGACCAAUCUGUGGACCUCGCCACCCAGUGGAAGGACUCUCCAGAUAGCUACCUGAGUGUCGCCGUCCCUAACUACCCUAACUUUUUCCUCUUUAUGGGCCCACGAUGCCUCGGAGGUGCCGGUUCUCUCGUCGAGUCACUCAACUGGACCGGCGACUACAUCGCCAAGUGGGUCCGGAAGAUGGCGACUGAAGAUAUCAAGUAUAUCCACCCAAAGCUCGACAAGACGCUUGAUUACAUGCGCUACGGCGACGAGAUUCACAAGCGACUGGUCUGGAGUGGCGGUUGCUCCAGUUGGUACAAACGUGGUACCAAGGAUGGCAGGGUUACUGCUUUGUUCGGCGGCGGAGUGCAGCUCUUCCUGCGGCUGCUUAGCGAGAUUCGUGCCGAGGAUUUUGAGAUCGUCUAUAGGACCAAGAAUCCCUGGCGAUUUUUGGGUAAUGGCUUCUUGGAAUGGGAGUUUCAGGACGGAGUAGAUCUGUCAUGGUAUGUUGAGAAGGCCGAGAUUAUGGACGGCGAGGUCUCAAGAGACGUCGAUGGACCACCUGUGACCAAGUGGGUGAGGACGCAAGGGUGAGAAUGUGCCUAAGGGAGCGCUAGGGUGGGCGCAGGGCUGAAGAAAAAAUCAACAAGUCUAAUAAACCACCUCGACUAAUAUUCA